AUGAAAACACCGCUGUUGAAUUUGGCAGCGUAUCCUUCUUGCCCCUCGGCUCCUCCUCAGACAGUGUACAGUUUUUAACGCGACAGUAAAUCACCUCUCCCCUCCCCGGCUGGCUGAUGGGCGGCUCAGCACGGCGCUGCCCGCCCUGUGGGUGUGUUUAAAGCAAAUAGGCCUCCGCAUCCACCUGCUAGCGCCCUGCCUCCCACAGUCAGGAGCGCCCAACUUUCCCGAGGAGCACACGCUGCGUGUCUGGACCUCUGUACGCUACAGGGACUUUGUUUCUCACUGCUUUACCCACGAGAUGUUGAUUGUGCUCGUGCGGAGACAGUGUCUCUUCGCCUCGCGCUUUCUCAAAAGAUUUUCCUAA